AUGAUGGCGAACAACGACGACAUUGAUGCCACCCCUAUCGGUGCGCAUGAACCGGCAUUAAUAGAAACGGCGGUACUCCAGGAUUUAAUAUCGCAAGAAAAUCAAGGGGUAAAUAUUGAGGAUGGCAUCGCAACACAUUCCGCAGAUGCACCUGCGACCACAUCUUACAAUUCUCAAUCGACGGUAGACGGCAAAGAUUCCGUAUUUACACCACCAGCUUCUGAUGCUUUCUCAUCACAGAGUACCAACCAAGAUGGCGGGUCAUUAUUUCAACUUUCGCAACUCUCACAACUCUCACAAUUGGCUGCCGCACAACCUCCACUCGAAAGUAAUACCAAUACAACAUCACCGAAAACCAACAACAAUUUGAACGCGAGUCAGAAGAGAACAGCUGAUGGUCAUGUAAAAUCCAAAACAUCAAAUUCACCCAGUCCCAGAGGUCCACCACCUGUUCGAGGACAUACCAGAAAUACAAGUACAAUCAGUAAUGCAUCUUCAGUCGCAAGCAGAUUCGGAGAGGUUAGUAUAAUUCCUGGAUCAACAAGUACUUAUACUAAAUUCCAACAGCUAUCUUCCGAAUUACGAACUCGUCUUUCUUAUGCAAUGGUCAAAGUUAACAAUGGCUGGGAAUCGAAAUCUAUCAACGAAGUUGAAACUAUCGCAUCGCAAGCUGGAUCUCCCACAUCAUCGAAUUCUACCUUCAACACUCGCCGAAACCUUCUCACCUCUCCUAGAACAGCAAUAGCAAACAUUCAGGAUCAAGGAUCAAGAGAUGUAUUUGGAGCACGACCUACAGCUGAUUUUGAUCUGUACGCACGAACGGAACCGCCCUCUCGAACCUAUGAAGCAUUCUGGCGUGACCAUUCUACUCCCAAUGGUGCCAUUUCCUAUAGACAUAACUUGUAUAACUCUUCACCUCCGCAAUCCAAGUCUCUCGCUCCUCCCGUUGAUAUACGACCAAUUGCUUCAUCCAGACGAUCGGAUCCAAAGUUCUCGAAACCCCCAUCUAUGCCAGGACAGUCAGGCGCCAGCUCACAUCACUCUUUCAACAACAACAACAACAACAACAACAACAACAACAACAACAACAACAACAACAACAACAACAACAACAACAACAACUCUGCUCCACGAACUCCCAAUACAAGUGCUUAUCAUCGUUCUGAGCAUAUCAUAACCUCUGGACAAAAGACAUUACAAGAACAAGAUGCAAUUGCAACAUUGAUGCUCAUGGGAUCACCGGGAAAUUCACAACCCAUGGGGCCCACCUUACCUCCUCCACAAGGAAAUCAAAUAAGCUCUCGGGAUAGCACUCUCCGAGCAGAGUUCAGUCUUCAGAUGGCUCAAAAUGGGAGGAAUAAACCGGUAGCUCAACAUCAACGUAGAGUGGAAUUUGCAGAAAGUGUCAGUAGUGGUGGAAGCGAUAAUGGUUACCCAGCAGCGAGCCAUCGAAAACCUUCCUUGAGACGUAGAAUCAACGAAAGAAGAGUAACGGACAGAAUGUUAGAUGAGAUGGUUGAUGAGAGUAGUGACGAAGAAGUCGAAUUACCUGUACCACAGGGAAGACGUAUAACAGGACGUGUCUGA